CUCCUCCCAUGCCCCUGUCCCACAAUCCUCAGCAGCUUUUCAAAAUCAAAUCAAAUCUCUUUGUGUCAUGUCAUCAGUUGAUGGGUGUGAGAAAGAGAAAAAGAGGACGUUGUCAGAAGCAAGGACACAAGAAACACUCUCAACUUUCAGCUGCGCAACACAAAGUCACCAUUCUGCUAUGCCGCGGUCAUUCCUCGUCAAGAGUAAAAGGACUCAUCUCCUGGGCCUAUCUAAGUUCUCCUUUAGACAGCAGUCACAGUCCCAAACAGAUGCUGAGCAGACUGUGCAGCGUGUGAUUGGACAAGACAUGAAGCAGGAUGCUGUGCAGCCUUUGACCCCCACAUUAGGGGUCAAAGACCUUCUGGCCAAAACCUGCUCACCGUGGGAUGGGACGGAAGUCCGGUUUAACAGUGUUCCCAUGGAUGAUCUUUGGACUUCAGCAAAAGUCCCGAUGGAGACCAGAGACGCUCCUCUGUCUGUCUCACCAUGGUCACCGGAUAGACACCCGGCAUCUGAAAGAGAGAGGGAACUGGAGAGACUUGUCUACAUGCUACUCAACCACACAUCGCACACUGACCUCAAAUCUCCUAACAGCCAAUGUCCACUCUGUGAGAAGUCUCUUUCAGAAGUCCUACUAUCAGGCGGCCUUCAGGCUCAUAUCCGCAACAACCUCUCUUUCCCACUGACAAGAUCACCCAUAGGUCCAGACUUGCCCUUUGGCUUCAGAGCAAUUAGCAACUAUAGUAGAGCUAAGGAGCGUAGCUUUGGCUGCAAGGUGUGUGGAAAGGUAUUCAAGCGUUCGUCCACCCUGUCCACACAUCUCCUCAUCCACUCAGACACACGACCCUACCCCUGCCAAUACUGCGGCAAAAGGUUCCACCAGAAGUCAGACAUGAAGAAACACACAUUCAUACACACAGGUGAGAAACCACACGUGUGCAAGGUGUGCGGUAAAGGAUUCAGCCAAAGCUCCAACCUCAUCACCCACAGCCGAAAGCACAGCAGCUACAAGCCGUUCAGCUGCCCCCACUGUCAGAAUACCUUCCAGCGUAGGGUUGACCUACAGCACCACCAAGAGACUCAGUGUGGCUAUGGAAACUUGUACACUCCAAACUAAGGCCAACAAAGUGGUGGCAAAACUGGGUGAAAUGGAAUUUGUAAAUAAUCUUUCAUAAUUGUAAAAGUUAAAAAAAAAAGGCAUUAAAUAAUGACAUGCAUGCUUAAAAAUGUUGAAUAAAGCUGGACUGGUUUGCUCAAGAAACAUUUUAUCCUGCUGGUUUGUUAUUUUUCUGUUUGAAAAAUUGAAUGUACAUCCCUCAGGAAACUCACCAUCCAAACUCAUUCACCAAUGAUAAUAGGAUUAUUUUCCCAAUAUGUGCUGGACAACAGUGUUCUUAGAGUAACAUCAUUCAGUCACGUUGUGUCAUUUUCAGAAACAAUUUUCCCCAGAAGGUUGUGCUAGUGUGAUUGCUGUGUGUGUGCAUGUGUAUCUGAGCGAUUCUGCCAUUACUGAGAAACUAAUGAGAAAGGCAUCCUUAAUAUAGGAGCAGCCGGGCUCCCAACCAGGAUAAAUGAUGAUGAUCCAUUCACAUGAUGUACUGGCACUGCUGGAUAUAACAGGAAGCGUAUUUUGAAAUGAUUUUCUAAAAAUAAAAGUUUCA